CUUUCUUUUGUGUACAAUCUACAAUAUAGAAAUUUACCAAAUUUUCGCCGCGUCCUUUUUCUUUUAUUUAAUUUUUUUCUACCACCAGCAAAUAGAAGAUACACGGAAAAAAAAGAGCGAUCGCCUUUAUUAUGCUGGAUCAAAAGAGUCCCGAAGAAAUCACCAAAGCUGCUCACACGGCUUCUGAUACCCUUGAACGUACCAGCAGUGUAGAUACGCAUAUUCCUACUAUUGGUGAUCUGUUUACAGCAUCCAGCUCCGGUUCAUACGAAUUGCCAGAACGACAAGCAGUUCAGCCAUUCCUCCCAAAGCAUACAUUCACUCUACCUCCUGUUGCUCUUGAGCAGAUUCAAAAAUGGAAACCAGGAGAUGCUGCUGGUCUUUUACCAGAGAUCAACCGCGCCUACUUUGCUGUAGAAAACCGAUUGUAUCUGUGGGACUACAUUGAAAAAAAGGACGUGAAUACGUAUGAAGAAACACAUUCUAUUGUGGGCGUCGGUCUCGUCAAAGCCAAACCCGGGAUCUUCAACGCUGAAAUCACGCAUGUUCUCGUUGUCGCCACUACAAUGAACGUCAGUAUCAUUGCUGUCGCAUUCAAGGCACAGCCUGGCGAGCCACAUACUUUGUCGUUUUAUCGCACCGAGAUCUCCACGAACUCUUCGGGCGCGCAGAUGAAAGAGAUCAUUGGCACAAAAUUCGGUCGCAUCAUUAUGUUGAGCAACCUGGGCGAUGUUUGGGAACUCGAUUAUAGAAGAGAAGAAGGCUGGUUCACCAGCAGAUGUACCAAGAGACUGCUAAGGUCGGCGACAUCUCUGUUCACCAAAAGUAAUGAUCCUUGCACCAGCAUUGCAGUUGAUGAAGAAGGACGCGUACUGUACCGACUCUUUGCUAACUCUGCCAUCCAAGUAUCUUAUCUGGGAGAAGACGGCCUAUCGUACAGCGAAGGCGAAAAGAAUCAAAAGAUCAACGAUGCCGCAAAACUCAUGGCCCCUUCAUCCGUGCAUGUCGAAAGCAGCCAUUUCAAGAUUGUUUCUAUUCAUCCAACAACGUCUUCGGAAGCUUCCACUUAUCAGCUCGUAGCCAUCACAUCGACUGGAUGCAGACUCUAUUUUACACAUUUCAAAUAUGGAUCGACUCGUUCGUCACCCAGCAGCAAACCCGAUGCACUUGAACUUGUCCAUGUACGAACACCACCACCUGUUCCGUCUACCCCGCAAGGUGUGCCUCACAGUAACGCUUUACCUGACCAUCCUGUUAUUAUCAAAAGCAUGUACAAAGAUGGUAUUCUAUUACUUGUCGACAAAAGAACCGAGCAGCAACAGAGCAUCAUCACAGCUAGCCCUAAUAUUGGAAAGAUGGCAACUCAGGGACGAAUGGCAGGAUUCCCAGAGUUUGCAAACCGUUUGGAUACACAUGGACAUGUUUUGGGUAUCGCCGAGAUGCCUGGCGUGCAAUACACAUUGAACGAAUUAGCGUCCCAACCCUCGGAACCAACACGUCAUUUCCUCGUCUUCACAACCCAUGGCAUGUCUGUUGUCACCAAGCAACGGCCUGUUGAUAUGUUACAAAAGUUAUUGGUUGGUGUCGGUGCACACAUAUCCGCCCACUCUGGUGAAUUCCAAGGUUUUUUCGAACUGUUUGGUACAAUCCAUGCAUGUGCACUGUGCUUCAAUCUUGUCUGCCAUACAUCGACACCACUCUCAGGAAUUGCAUUGCAAGCAAGUGAUACCGUUUCCAUUCCUGUUGUCAAGGGAGCUACUCAGCUUUUGGAAACGCUUGGUCAAAAGCCAUCUUCAUUGAACCCAUCAUAUAGCAGCAGACACGAUGGUCUUGCGUUAUUCAUAUAUCGACUGAUCAGCCCACUCUGGACACAGAAGAUUGUGAAAGAGAGUGUACAAGGCGCUGUCGUCAAUUACAGUACAGUGGUUUCUCGAAACAAAUUAAUCUCGAUACAGCAAAUCUUACGGAAACUUGAAGGCUUCAUGGAUCUGAACGCCUCGGUUCAUCCUCAAGUACAACCACAAUCAGACGAAGAGCGCUCUUUGUAUGAGCUUUACGAAUUGGUAGCUCUUAUUUCUGAAUCUAUUUCGUUUUUACUGUUCUUGCUCGACAGUGAUGUUUCCAAGGUCAUGAAGAGCUUAACGCCAGAGAUGCAAGCUCGAUUCAAAGCAUACACAUUCAAAGACUUGUUAACAUCAAAUGAAGGCCGAUCAUUGGCGACUCACCUGGCUAUGGCCAUGAUUGAUGAAACAAUGGCACGCUAUGCGAAUAUGGAUAUCGUGAUUGAUGUGCUCGAACAGCGUUGUGGCACUUUCUGCAGCUCAUCCGAUGUGAUCUUGUACAAGGCCAAAAAGCAGAUCCAAGCCGCCAAGAACGAAGCCAACACAAUGCCAUCACGAGACGCAUUACAAGAAUCUCUCAAGCUGUUAAAACGUAUUGCUAUCCAUAUAUCAUACGAGCAAUUGCAAGAAAUUGUUCACGAUUACUCCCAACAAGGCGCAUUCGUACUGGCUGUGGAAUUGGUUAUAGCAUGUGCCUAUGCAAGAGAUCCACAGAAUGUCACUACCGCAUUCCUUCACGAUGGCUUUAACGUAAAUGAUAAUCAACGACUAGCAAUCUACAAGGCAAAGGAACCGUUUUACCAUUGUGCAUUUGAGCUUUUAAAGCUGGCGAUUUCCCCCGGGACCGAAAAAGUCCUUUCUGCAGCACAAAGACCCCAGGUUUUCCAAACGGCGUUUAGCUUUGACGAUGAGUGUUUCCAUCUCUACAUUUACAAACAGUUCGUGGAUCAAAAGCUGGGACAUGAGUUGAUAAAGCUUAACCCACCAUUGAUCGUGGACUACUUGAGAGACCAACCAUUCGAUUUGGAACGAUAUGAGCUGUUGGCAGAAUACUACAACUUGCAUGAUGAAUUUGAAGAUGCAGCUCAAGUGUACAUGUACUUAUCACGUGUUGCGGAUGUACCCAUCUCUACGGACAGAAGAUUAGAAUAUGUUUUGCGAGCCUCUACUUGUAUCAAGUCGGUAACGGCACCAUCAAAGCAGUUUGAAAUGUUCGAUUUCCAGAAGCGGUUGAACGUGUGGAUAGAAGAAUUACAGCAGCAAAGACAAUUAGGACCCAUGGAACCCUCAAGGGCCUGAGAAGACUAGAUUUGCUUUCUUUUCCUGCACACAUUUUCCACACGUACAACAAAAUCAUCACUACUACUACUACUACCGCCACAAACUACUACCCAUUACACUCCCAUCCACUCUCACCCUCACAUACAAUCACACACACUCACACACAUACACACCACAAGAAAGCAGAUUAUUAUUGCAUGAAAGAAAAAUCAUCAUUACCCAUUUCUUUAGUUACUUUUA